AUGUCUGACGAGAUCAUCUGGCAAGUUAUUAACCAACACUUUUGUGCUUUCAAAGUCAAAACCGAUAAGGGACAAAACUUUUGCAGGAAUGAAUAUAAUGUCACUGGUUUAUGUUCAAGACAAGCAUGUCCACUAGCCAACAGCAAGUACGCUACAGUAAAGAAUGUAGAUGGUCAGCUAUAUCUAUAUAUGAAGACUGCAGAAAGAGCACAUACUCCAGCUAAAUUAUGGGAAAGAGUAAAACUAUCAAAAAACUACACAAAGGCAUUAGCUCAAAUCGACGAGCAUCUACUAUAUUGGAACAAGUUUCUAAUUCAUAAAUGUAAGCAAAGAAUGACUAAACUUACCCAAGUCAUGAUUACGGAAAGACGUUUAGCAUUAAGGGAGGAGGAAAGACAUUACGUAGGUAUUGCACCAAAGGUAAAAAGAAGAGAAGAGAAUAGAGAACGUAAAGCUCUAGCGGCUGCCAAGAUUGAAAAGGCUAUUGAGAAGGAAUUGCUAGAAAGAUUAAAGAGUGGUGUAUAUGGUGAUAAACCUUUGAAUGUGGAUGAAAAGAUCUGGAAGAAGGUUAUGGGACGCGUCGAAGAAGAUGAAGUUUCUGAAGACGAAAACGACUGGGAAGAAGAGGAAGAAAGCGACGAAGGUGAGGUUGAAUUUGUGGAAGACGAUGAUGCUGAGGAUGAGAUGGUGGAUAUGGAAGAUCUACAGAAAUGGCUUGGUGGUUCAGACGAAUCGGACUACAGUUCAGACGAAGACUCCGAAGACGACGACAGUGAUGCCAGUGACGAAGAAGAAAAUCCAUCAAAGAGACAGAAGAAAUCUGCUACUUCAAAAAGAAGACGUCCAAAGGUUGAAAUUGAAUACGAACAAGAACUACAACCAAACCAACACGAACUCGCACAGUAA